CCGCGCACCCACCUCUUUUUCUACACUUUUCCAAAGCUCUGUUGCGCCGCCAUCAUGAGCGCAGAGGUUUUAUCGUCUGAAGCCGCCGACAUCACGUCCCCAGCGGCGCCGCGGCGCAGAUCCGGACGCGUAGUCAAGAAGCCCGAGAAAUUCACACCCAGAUCAAGCCCAAACGGCACCUCCAAGCGCAAACGUCCCGAGGACGCCGACAGUGAUGUUGAUGGAGAGUCGCCACCAUCUGAAGAUGAAUCAUCUGAGAGCAACGAAAGCGAGCCCGACGAGGAAGAGUUGAAAGAACGCCGCCGUCGCUCAAAGAAGAAUCGACCCGGCGCAAAAAAGCCACCGCAGAAGAAACCAAAAACCAAUGGCGAAUUGAGCCUUCCCUUGCGACCGGGUACCAGCGCAAGAAAGAAGGCGGCGAAGCCCCGAAAAGCGCCUGUUCGCAAGAGCGCUGUCGCCGACGACGAUGCUGAUGGAUUGUACGCCCAUAUCUUCGCGCACGGAACCCGGCCAGAGGACGUUUGCGCGCAAUGGCUUGAAAGAUUCGCGGAAGACGAGGCGACAGCUGUGGCCGAAAUCCCGACCUUCAUCAUCCGAGCAGCUGGUUGCCACGCCAAAAUUGAUAGAGACGACAUUCUCGACCCAGACAAUUGUGCCCCUCGCUUGGGUGAAAUCCAGGACGAAUACCAGCAGGAAGAUGUCUCGGAAUAUCCUCUUAUUGCGAAACGAGGCCAUACCACGUUUCGUAACACUCUCUACGACUUCGCCGUGGCAUUUACGCAGAUAAUCGCCCAGACCGGACACAUGUACCUUGAGAACUCGCUGAUGGAGAAUGUACAAGUGUGGUCUACCACAUUGGCAUCGGCUACCAAUCGUCCAUUGCGUCAUACUAGUACCGUGUUUUGCUUAGGCGUCAUCACUGGUUUAACCAGGGUGGCAAAUGACCUGGUGGAGAACGCCGCUAAAAAGCUUCGCCAGAGACAGACCGAAGGAAAGAAAGCUCGUGCCAAUAAAUCACGCCUAGCUGCACUCGAUCAAGAGGUUGCUGAGCUGGGGGAGACGUUGGAUUUUGUCAAAGCGCGCAUUGUGGACUGGUUCGACACUGUGUACACCCACAGAUACCGAGACAUAGACCCCAAGAUCCGAGUCGAGUGUUUUCAAUCUUUAGCGGAGUGGCUAAUCACUUUCCCGGACCACUUCUUUGAUGGCGAGCACCUGCGGUAUUUCGGCUGGAUGCUUUCCGACCCGAACGAUGCUGUUCGUGCCGAAGAUGUCAAGCAGCUCACCAAGUUGUAUCGCGAUCAAGACAUGCUUGCGGGAUUGAAGUCCUUCACAGAGCGUUUCCGUCCUCGUAUGGUGGAGAUUGCCACACGAGAUGCUCAAACUAACAUUCGUGCAACUGCUGUCGAACUUCUAGACCUCCUCCGAGACGCAGGAUUCUUAGAACCCGACGAUAUCGAUGCAGUCGGGAAGCUCAUAUUCGACUCGGAGCCCAAAGUGCGCAAGGCUGUCGUGAGUUUCUUUGCUGAAAACACCAAUUCUGCUUACGAGCUUCUCAUCGACGAUAUGGGCGGUCAAGAGGCUCUGGACGAAGCGCUAAACCCGUCAGAUGAUGGCGAAGAGUACGAAAAUCCUCGCUUGGAAUGGUUGAAGAUGAAGUGUCUUGUUCAGCAGUUGAUUUCAUACGAUGAAGAUACAGGGUUGCCUUCACAGAUGGAACGCAUUACACCGUACGGCUCUGAGUUGAACCUGAUUGCUGUUGGGGUCGAGUCAAGAUUUUCUCUGGCUGCUCAAGCUCUGUACGAAGCGAUUCCAGAGGUCAGAGAUUGGGAGGUAUUAGCAGGCUACCUGUUAUUCGAUCAUUCCCAAACAGACUCUGAUGCCACUGGUGAGGAUGCCGAAUCACUUCUCCGAGUGAAUUGCAAACUCGAAGAACACGAAGAAACUGCUCUCCUCGAUAUUCUGGGUGCUUCCGUUAGGCUGCGGCUGCAACAUCUGGCCGAAGCUCAGGGAGACAAGAAAAAGACAAAAGCACAACGAGACACAAGUCAGGCGGAACAGGAGGAUAUGGCGAAACGACUCACCGUGUUAAUUCCUCAACUACUCAAAAAGUUCGGCGCCCUACCCGAGGCCGCCGCACUAUGUCUGCGUCUUGAACGGGAGCUCAAUCUCGAAGUAUUCUCGGAAUUACGACAGAACACUGCAUUGACAGCAUUGCUCGAUGAUAUCAACAAGCAGUUCUUGACCCAUCACAAUGAGCGCGUCCUUACUGAAGCGAUUAAUUCUAUUUUGCACGCACAAGGAAACGAUGAACUGAAAGAGCUUGUUACUCGCAAAACACAGACAUUGUGGGACGACUUAUCAGGCACAUUGGAUGCACUUCGGCGUGGCAGAGAUCUCUCCGUUCGCGGCAACACAGAACAAAAUAUAUUAGCGGGUGUGUCGAACAUUGUACUGAAGAUGGCGGAACUAGCAAAGGCUUCGGAUCCGACCGUGUUGGAUCGUGUAGCAACUUCGACAAAGGCGCGCGGCAAGUCACAAAAAAGUGCUCCGCUUACAACGCCUCCGAUCACAUCUUUGCUCGAGAUACUCGACCGGGGGGUUGGAGGCGCAGACCUCGACCCCGAGGUCGACGAAGCGGAAGAUGCGCUUGUUCGCCACACCAUGUCUCUAAUGCUUCUGUAUUUCCUAUGGAAAUGUAGGAAUUUUUCAACGCAUAUUACAGAAGGCACGCCUAUACCCGAUGACGAGCUCACAGCGGUGGCGGAGCGACGAGACGCUUGUGUCACAGGAUUGAUGGCUAUCAUUGAGAGCAGGAAGGGCGCCGACGAGCUCAGAGUCGAUGCUGCAAACCUAUUACUCGACCUAUACCUGACUUUCCGCUAUCUGAAGACCGCCAAGGCAAAGUCGAACAACCCGGACGAUGCCCAAGAUCUCAACGACGAUUGGGAAGCCCUGUGUCAGGAUAUUGACCUUUCCACCGUUAAACUCCUCCUCCAGACUCUGACAGCUCUCGAGAACAACUUGGCCAAACAACUCCGCAAACGUCUCGAGGAGCCAGAUAUUGAUGACGACCCUGUGGACCUUGACGAAGACCCGGAAAGUAGUGAAGACGAGGCCGAAGAUGAGCAAGUCCAGAAUCAAAAACAGAUCCGCACCCUCCUUGCCGAGGAGCGUCUCUGCACAUUUGGUAGCCGCCUCGUCCAAGCCGUGCACGGCGGCACCCUCGAUGCUGAUGGCGACGACGUGCGCAAGCGGCUGGAGAGGAACAAGACGAGGUUGUCGACGACGUGGAAGGAGGUCGUGGGCCAUCUUGACGCGCAGAAGCAAGUCAAAGGUAGAGGUGGCAAGAGAGCUCAGCCUGCCGCCAAGGCCGGUGCGAAAUCUGCGAAGAGCGAGGAGAUUGUUGUUGAGGAUGAUAGCGAGGAGGAGCAGGAGGGGGAGGAGCAACAACCUAACGAAGACGAGGAGAUGGCGGACGCGGACGAGCAAGCCAACGGCGAUGUUGCGGACGAACACGAAGAAGAUGGUGAGGAAAACCCUGCUGAUGUGGAGAGCGUGCUCGGCGAUUGA